CCAGCUGCAUCCAUCCAUCCAUCCAUCUCGACUUGUCUCACUCCCAAAGUAUAGCUGCAGCUUGCAGACAAUGGCGAGUAGACAGUUCUUGUCCCUGUUCGUCGUCGUCUUCCUCGGCCUCUCCUCCAGCUUGGCACUCGGGCAAGUCCUGAUGCAGGGUUUCAACUGGGAGUCGUGGAGGGAGAAUGGCGGGUGGUACAACUUGCUGAUGGGCAAGGUGGACGACAUCGCCGCCGCCGGCGUCACCCACGUCUGGCUCCCUCCGCCGUCUCACUCCGUCGCCGAGCAAGGCUACAUGCCGGGGCGGCUGUACGAUCUGGACGCGUCCAAGUACGGCAACGAGGCGCAGCUCAAGUCGCUGAUCGAGGCGUUCCACGGGAAGGGCGUGAAGGUGAUCGCCGACAUCGUCAUCAACCACCGCACGGCGGAGCGCAAGGACGGCCGCGGCAUCUACUGCCUGUUCGAGGGCGGGACGCCGGACUCACGCCUCGACUGGGGCCCGCACAUGAUCUGCCGCGACGACCCCUACUCCGACGGCACCGGCAACCCGGACACCGGCGCGGACUUCGCCGCCGCGCCGGACAUCGACCACCUCAACAAGCGCGUCCAGCGCGAGCUCAUCGGCUGGCUCGACUGGCUCAAGAUGGACAUCGGCUUCGACGCGUGGCGCCUCGACUUCGCCAAGGGCUACUCCGCCGACGUCGCGAAGAUCUACAUCGACAACACGGAGCCGAGCUUCGCCGUGGCCGAGAUAUGGACGUCGCUGGCGUACGGCGGAGACGGCAAGCCUGACUACGACCAGAACUCGCACCGGCAGGAGCUGGUGAACUGGGUCGACCGCGUCGGCGGGGCGUCCAGCAACGCCACGGCGUUCGACUUCACCACCAAGGGCAUCCUCAACGUCGCCGUGGAGGGCGAGCUGUGGCGCCUCCGCGCCGCGGACGGCAAGGCCCCCGGCAUGAUCGGGUGGUGGCCGGCCAAGGCCGUCACCUUCGUCGACAACCACGACACCGGCUCGACCCAGCACAUGUGGCCCUUCCCCUCCGACAAGGUCAUGCAGGGCUACGCCUACAUCCUCACCCACCCCGGCCAUCCAUGCAUCUUCUACGACCAUUUCUUCGACUGGGGCCACAAGGAGGAGAUCGAGCGCCUGGUGUCAAUCAGAGACCAGAACGGGAUCCACGCGGAGAGCGAGCUGCACAUCAUGGAGGCCGACGCCGAUCUCUACCUCGCCGAGAUCGACGGCAAGGUGAUCGUGAAGAUCGGAUCAAGAUACGACGUCGAGCACCUCAUCCCCGAAGGCUUCCAGGUCGUCGCGCACGGUGACGGCUACGCGGUCUGGGAGAAAAACUGAGCGCGCCAUGAAGAUAGCAGAUUUUACCUGCGAUUUUUUUCCCCUUGCCGUAUACGUAUGUACGUGACGACAACUACGAGUUGUAUCCGAUCCGAAUUAUGUAUGCGAUUGUCCACGAAGAACAACAUCCUCAGUAAAUAAAGAGAGGAUAAGGAACAUGUAUUUGUAUGGUAUGCAAUAAAAUUUGCACUGCUUAUGCAUUUGGA